AUAGCGGACAAGUUGGAGUCGACGAUACGGAUAGUGUGUUGGGUAUGGUGCUCUGGAAGGGACAUUUACAAUCAAACAGUGGCCAUUCGUAAAACUUGGGGACGAAAAUGUGAUAAAUUGAUCAUUUUUACAGAUGUUCAAUUUGUUGGUAUCGAUACUAUCGAUUUAGUACGUGCAGAUGUGACUUAUAGUAAAUCCCGUUACAUUAUGGCAUACCGAUACGUCUAUAAACACUAUAAGGACUACGGCGAUUGGUUCUUCGGGACAUUUGAUGAAACUUACGUGUGCAUGGAGAACCUAAGACUAUUUCUAUCACAAAAGAACCCGAGAGAACCGUUUUAUUACGGACAUAAAUUGUAUCUAAAAGAUAAAAAUCUUGAAUUUGUUGACGCUCGAGUUGGUUGUGUCCUCAGCAAGGAUGCUUUAAGGAAACUUGGCACUACCGGUACAAAGUUAAAAGAAUGCAACGAAAUGGAACCUGCGGGUGAAAAACAGCUCGGAGCAUGUUUAAACAAUUUAGGAGUAAUGAGAGGGAACUCUACGGAUGUCCGAGGACGGACGUUGUUCCUGAGUUUCCCGCCCGCCUUACAGAUGCAAGGUUUACAAUCAGAUUGGUUUAUGGAACAAGACUUAGAAGGAAAACAACAGGGAGUAGAUUCUAUCAGCCGUUAUGCUAUUACAUUUAGUGGAAUGACAGCGUUUUUUAUGUAUGGAAUAGACUGUUAUUUGUUUCACAUGAGACCAUUUGGA